CUGGGGAACGUAACAGGUGGUUUCCCGUACACAGAUUAAGCCCAGUCCUCAAAUUCCUAGGAAUCUCAAUUGAAAAUGCUGUUUAGUCCAGGACUUGUCUUAAUCUGUGCAUGCCCCUAAUGGUUUCUUCCCCUUUCCACAUCCUGUCCCCACUCUUCCCAUGAGAUAGCUAACUCAUUCGAGGUCAAUAUCAUUCUGCGGUAGUGACAGUACGAAUCUCCGCCCUCGGGUACACUAACACCAGUAUGCUCUUCUGGUUUCUCUGAUCUCUGGCUCUGUCACAAGUUCUGCCAACUACUGAAGCUGUCAUCAGGUCUGCUGGCCUGUUGUGCGUCCCAGUGUAGCUCACAUGUACACUAGUGUAUCAUGUCGUUAAUUGAAUGCACUGACAACCACACAUCUCCCUGCUCUCAUAUACUGUACACAUCACAAUCCUAACUUUGCUGUGCAGUGAAGAAGCUCCCAUUAGAAGUUAGUUAUUGGUCUACCAAACUGCCAUCAGCAUACACUGAUAGUUCAGUUAGUGUAGACACAAACACCUAUAGCUAAAUCUGCCUGCUUCUUUACUACAGGCGAGAGACUGGCAGGUUGUUGAUAUUGACUGCUGAGUGUAGGUGGAGCUAAGUGGGUCAUGGAGAGUCUUACAUGGUUUUUGGAUGGUUUACUGAAACAUCUUAGGUGACUACACUGUAAACUUUCUUCCUCGCCUGAACCCAGGGACCCCUUCCAAAAGUGCAGCAUGGCGUUGUUCCACAUCUCCACUCUCCGUCAACCGUUAACUGUCCUUAUUAAUGGCCCCCGGUGCAUUCGAUCAGGGUGACAAUGACCAUGUGAGCAUUCAAACCAAUUAUGUCUCCUGGCAACAGCUUACAGCCAGGCUCAUCUUCUGGAGAGGGAUUUUUGUAAAUGGGUUCAGGCUGCUUACAGGGGAUUAUCAUGACGCACCUCCCCUCCGCCUGGAAUCUGGAGGAUCUUCCUCAAUCCUCUUCCAACCAGCGAAAGGAACAUCACGAUUAGCCUCACCUGUUGAUUUUCCCAACGUUUUUGGAGGGAAAGUUUAGAACUAAGGCAAGGGGACAAGUGUGACCCUGUGUUCUGUCAUCCGUCUGGGUGAGUUUUCUUUGUAGGGUCUGGCCACUAUGGGAGAGGAGAGGGUCCUGAAGGAAUAACCGCACUCCUCUUUCUUUACCUCUGCUCCUUCUCUUUGGGAUGGAUUACAGAUCAUUGCCUGAGCUGACAGUCCUGCACUGCUGGAUGAGCUGCAGGAGAGACUGAGAGACGAAGAGAACGGCUGAAGCCACCUUACAGGGAAUCAACGGUUCAAAACGCUUAACGAGAACAGCUGAAACUCUACUGGCUGGGGCAUCCAGAAGAAGGACCCGACCGUAGAGCUAUAUCUCAUCUCAGUAGUGUAUUUUCCUUGUGUAUAGGUAAGAAAUAUCCCUAGGUUGCCACCAUGGCACUAAUGGUGGUCAAGUUUGACCUAAAGAAGCGGGUGAAGCUAGCCCAGUUCCUAUGGCUGAUGUACUGGUUCUCAGUGAUGGCAGGCGUGCUCGUCUUCAGCAUGGGGCUGUUCUUUAAGAUCGAGCUGCGUAAGCGCUCGGAGAUGAUGGAUAACAACGAGAGCCACUUCGUUCCUAACUUACUAAUUGCCGUGGGGCUGCUGGCCUGUGGGAUCAACGCCUUGGGAGGCAAGAUCUGCUACGACUCCUUGGACCCUAUCAAGUUCUCCAGGUGGAAGCCUAUGCUCAAACCCUUCCUAGUCUCCUGUGUGGCUUUCAAUUGUCUCCUGGUGCUGACGGCUCUGCUCUGCUUCCUGAUGAGGAUCCCUCUCCAGUUCACGCUUGCCGAGGGCCUGAAGAACGCACUGAGGUUCUACAAGGACACAGACACGCCGGGACGCUGCUACAUGAAGAGGACUUUGGACCAGAUGCAGAUUGAGUUCCGUUGCUGCGGCAACAACAACUUCAGGGACUGGUUCGAGAUCCAGUGGGUCAGCAACCGCUACCUGGACUUCAGCGCCAAGGAAGUUAAAGAUCGUAUCGGCAGCAACGUGGAUGGGAAGUACCUGAUGGAUGCUGUUCCAUUCAGCUGCUGUAACCCCGGCUCCCCUCGGCCCUGCAUCCAGUACCAGGUGACCAACAACACGGCCCACUACUCCUACGACCACCACACCGAGGACCUGAACAUCUGGAAACGGGGCUGCCGCGACGCACUGAUAUCCUACUACGGAGGCAUGAUGAACACCAUAGGAGCCCUGGUGCUACUGGUUGCUAUUCUGGAGGUUAUUGUGAUGAUCGGCCUCCAGUACGUGAACACCUCCCAGUGCAACCUGGCCAACCCAGAAGACCCAGAGAGUGAAAGCGAAGGCUGGAUCCUGGAGAAGACGGUGAAGGAGACGUUUACUGACAUCAUGGACAAGAUGAAAGCCAUGAGCAAGGGUAACGCAGUGGAGGAGGGCGGAGUGGAUGGUGUUGCCACGGUGAGCUGAUCACGAUAUGCCCACACAAACUGAGACCACUCCCACCAAAGGGAAGAGAGGAAGAUUGACCACCUCCUUUGCAUUUAUGACACAACAUACAGACAUACACAAAUAUGCGCACAACACACACGUUUCUGGCCAUCUGAAGGGAAAACUAAAAUGGACAGAUCCUGAGUACAUGCCAGCACACACACGGAUAUUUUGAAUGCAUGAAUGUAUGUGUAAGUUAUAUUAUAACCAAUUGAUAAAUUGACUUUACAAUAUGCCCCCCCCCCCCCACACACACACACACACUCACAAUACACUUUUUCUAAACCUCAUGAUUUUUCAACGCACACACUCCCUCCAACCCCAGCUUUGUUAAUCUUCCAAGCAGUUCCCAUUUGAUGGGAUACUCUCUGUGUGUUUUCUAACAUUCUGUAUAAUUCUGCUCUAUUUCAUGUUCAUAUUUUACAACUUUAUUUGUACCCCUUUUUUUACAAAAUGAGAGGAAAAACAUCAAAACACUAUCCACUGUCAUGAAAAUGCAUAAUGUCAGAUAUUUGCAUUGUAUUGAGAAUAAUAUAUAUAUAUUAACAGGUUAAGAGUAAGGUCAGGAGAGCAGGUAUGUUGCGUUUUAAGGAUGGUGUGGGGCUGGUGGUUGCUACGCGACCCUCCAGCCCAGAAAGGAGGUUAAAGUGGAAAGGUUAAUUCAUCGCCCAAGGAGCAGAGAGUUUUAUCUUAACAUAUUUGGACCCACCUGUAGAGCACUUUUUAUAUUAGCAAAUUCCAAAGAAAUGGACUGAAACACCUCAGACAUCACCUCUUUAAAGUCCUUCCUCUCCUACCAUUACCUUGAGGGAUGGAGGGGGGCUGGAAACUCCUGGGGUAGGGGAGGUGGAAACAUUUCAACUUAACCUGAUGGUGUUGAAGUUUGGGGUGCGCUGCUGGAGGAUUGGAGGGGCUAUAGGAGACGAGGCACGGGGGAAAGUGGUAGAGGUGAACCAGGGGUGACCCCAAAAACUUGAGGAGGACAUUUGAGAUUGGCAGCUAAACCCCUGAUCUCCAACCCCUGAACUCUGACCCCAGCCCCUGCUCUGUGACAUCACUCAGCAGGUCCAAUCAGCAUUUCUCUUAUUGGACCGUCGAGAGUUACUGUAUAUAUCACACUCACUAAGUUCCUGUACAUACCUCACUCAUAGGCCAACGCCCGUGCUACUGUUAUCUUUGUAAAUAGUCUAGUAUUGAUACAUAACUUUUUUUAAACAAUGUAAUUAAUAUAAAUUAUUUUAUUUACUUUAAAGAAAAUGUGUUUUGCCAUGGGAAAUCAAUCUGGUUUUCUUUCUGUAUGUUGUGUAGAAAGAUGAUAAAAUCAUUGUGUACAUUUGAAUAAAGGAUGUUAGCCCUG